UAGAAAAAGUCACAGAACCGAGCGAACUGUCAAGACGUUAUACUUUUGUUGAGAGAAUGUAGAAACAUUGAAUUUACACGUUUUAAAGUUGUUUUUCUAAGAUUAUUUACUUUGUUUAUGAAGAUUUAGAGUAUAAGCCGUAAAUCUGUCACAAGAUGGCAGGGACGGCAGAUAGUGAUUUAUCGAUUUCCGAGCUGAAGGCGGAGAUCGAGAGGCUUAGUCGAGAGCUUGACCAAGCCAGCAGCGAAAAGAUUCAAUCGGCACAGCUGGGUCUGGUGCUGUUGGAAGAGAAAAGUGCCUUGCAGCUGCGAUGUGAUGAGCUUGAAACUCUCUACGAAAACACGAAGCACGAACUGGACAUCACACAAGAGGCUUUAAUGAAACUAGACACAACACAAAAAGUAACUACACAGAGCGGUAUAGAACAAGAAAAUGCCCUUCUCAAUGAAUCUGCGGCUAUGGAAAGUUCUCUCACAUUACAAAUUAUUGAAUUGGAAGGAGAGACGAAACAGUUACGACACGAAUUAGAAAGAGUGGUCAGCGAACGAGAUAGAUUGUUGGCGGAGAGUUCAGAACUCGGAGCUGAUAAAGCCACGAGGGAAUCGGAGAGGGUGGCGUUAAGAGCUGAACUGAGAGAAGCGAGGCAGCGGGAACAGCGCUUGAUAGUUGAUAUAGGUGAUUUAGAAGAUGAGAAUAUAUCGCUACAGAAACAGGUCUCGGCGUUACGGUCUUCACAGGUAGAAUUCGAAGGUCUGAAGCAUGAGGUGCGUCAAUUGCGAGAAGAAGCGGAGAAUGCACGCGCAGCCGCUGAUGAAACCGCAGCGCUGCGGCGUAUCGCCGAGAGGCAGCUGGCGGAAGCGCUGGAAGCGCUGCAAGCGGAACGAGAAGCCAAAUUUGCGGCCAAGAAAGAACUGGACGCCCACCUCAGCCGGGAGGCUCAGUUCAAUAUAACGAAUCUGGCUUACAGUAUACGAGGUAUGCCAGAGGAAGGCGCUGAUGAUGAAGUGGAGGCGGGCGCGUCCGGCGGGGAGCUGGUGGCGGAUCAUCACGCGGACUUGUUCUCAGAGGUCCACCUGCACGAGAUAUCACGUCUAGAGAAACAACUGGAACAGGCGCAUAAUGAAAACUCACAGUUGUCGUCAGCACUGCGGGCGGCGCAGACCAGCGCGGAGACCGAGAGCGCGGCCGCCGGCGUGCUGCGGGCAGGACUCGCCAGGCUACUGUCCAGGGUCGCAGCACUGCACACGCUACACGGGGACUGCGCACCCCUGGAGGACGACAAGGUUGAAGGUGGCGUGGCAGCUCGGGCGGCCAAAUGGUUGACGUGGUGGCGCGUGUCGGGCGGAGAGCUGGUGGCUCUGUUGGCGGCGCUUAAGGAACUAGACUCGCCACUUGCGGACGGGUCGCCGGCCGCCUUGCAAAGAGCACAGCUCGCACAGCUCAGCGAUAGAAUGGCAGACGCUGAAAUAAGAUGCGCCGCGCUGCAAGCUGACGCCGACCUGUUGAGGACACUCGCUGGAGGCGCCGGCCGCGCGCUCUCCUCCGCCGCCCCCGCGCUGGCGUCGGCCGCUGACACGCUGGCUCAGCUCUACCACCACGUGUGCGCCGUCAACGGUACUCAGCCCGAGCGUCUGCUGUUGGAGCACGCCGGACAAAACGACGUUACAGACGGGUCCGGUCGUGUGGAUGAGGAGGCGUUGGCGCUGGCGGCGGGCGAGCUGGAGGGUCUGCGGGCGGCCGGCCUCGUGGCCAGGCAUGCUGACACACUGCUCGACCAACUCACACACCUGAGGGCAGCACUGGACACCGCGCUGGACUCUAGACAUAGACACCAACCAGUGAUGGAGAGCAGCGACCGCGGGGCGGAGCUAGGCGAGCUGCAGGAGCAAGUUAUCAAGCUGAAAUCUCUUCUGUCGACCAAGAGGGAGCAGAUCGCCACUCUGAGGACCGUGCUCAAGUCCAACAAGAACACCGCCGAGGUCGCUCUCGCUAACCUCAAGUCCAAGUACGAGACGGAGAAGACCAUCGUCACGGAAACCAUGCUCAAACUCAGGAACGAGCUCCGCCUGCUGAAGGAAGACGCCGCCACCUUCUCCAGUCUUCGCGCCAUGUUCGCGGCCCGCUGUGAGGAGUACGUGACGCAGGUGGACGAGCUGACGCAGGCCCUGGCCGGCGCCGAGGACGAGAAGAAGACACUCAACCAACUGUUGAGACUGGCCGUGCAGCAGAAGUUGUCGCUCACACAACGCCUGGAAGAACUGGAGGUGGACCGCGAGAUGCGCACGCGCCGAGUCCCCAAGGCGGGCGGCGCGGCGCGAGCUCGGCCGCGAGACUUCUAGCGACUGGUGCGCGCGCUGAAGGCGGCCGCCGCGGCCCUGCGCGCACUGCUCGCCCCUCGCGGACACACACACUACUAGGGAAAUACAUUUAUACGUUUUAUAUGAACUGAUAUGCUGAUGUGCGAGAGUGGCCGCCCGCGGUCGGAGGGGGCGGCUCCGUGUGUGGACUUUCCGAAUUCCUUGAUGUUUGAUGCUGUAUUAAUGUCAGACGAGCCUCGCCCGCGCGCUCGCGCGAGUGUCGGCGUGGGUGGUGUCCCGCGACCUCUAUCCGAGUACCUUCCCCCGUGGUCCCAGCCGAUCCUAUAUUUUGGUAUCGUAUUGCCCCCUAUAUAUUUUGCUCUUCCGAUGUUUGACGUGUAUUUUUGUAUUGGCGUUGAUGUAUUUAUCGCAGAUGAAUUUAUCUCGUUGCGGCGUCCCCGUCGGAGCCAGAUCUUAAUAUUUAUCGUACCGCCGCUCGGCCGGCCGGAGAGAGCGUUCGACGUUAUUUUUUAUUAUAUACAUAUUUAUAUGGAGUCUGGAGAGUCGCUUGUGUGUACAUGUUAUAGAGUCGUCAGUCGGUGCGCAUGUUUAGAACGUCCAAGUCAUCGUCCAUCCAUUGUGUGCGCCAAGACUAUGUAAUCUGUUCUCUAGGUGAUACGUUCGUUGAGUUGUUGUGGCCCUCCGCCGUCUACUUUCGUCCAUCUUGUUAUAGUUAUAUUCGUAGUGUUUCCGUCUUUGUUUCGUUGACGUAACGUUGACGCCGUCGUGUCGUGGGGGCCCGUCCGUCGGCCGCAGGAUGUGAUCCUCGGUCCGGCCACGACGGGCCGCGUCCCGGAGGCUCCCCGUCACACCGUCCAGCCCUGUCCAAGCCGGUCGCGCCCGAGUCCUCCCCUCAGACCGUCGACGUUCCUAAGUUGCUCAAAAUUUUGCUCACGCGGCGCGACCGGCACUAUUGAUAAGACAAAAUUUACAAGAGAUUAUUGAAUUUUUACGAUAUCGUUUCUCUUUUGUUAUCGGAUGUGAUGUCGCUUCCCGUGAGGUGCGUGAAACCGGUCGAUGACGUAGUCGUUUCUCUCGUAGUGUCUCGGCUCUUAGGCUAGUGGAACCGUUCCAGGUAGCGGGCGCUCGCCCUCGUAGCUGUUUUACCGGGUUAGCUGUAGACUGUACGGAUCAUUAAUGUUUAUAUUAUUAACUAGUAGAUCGAUAACGGUACUCUGUUAAUGUAGUUAAUCCUUUGCAAUAUUAACUCAUGUAGCGUAAUUAUUGAAUUGUUUCGCUCCGGGAGAUUAGAGACCCCGGAGCACGUUCCGCGAGGAGCUGAGCCCUUGCAUUUAUUGUUUUUAGACUAAUGAUCGGCCAGCUCGCACGUUAGACGAGCCUUCUUGUACUUACCGAUAUAUAGUUGUAGAGCGUAAUAUUCAUUUCGAGUAUUAUUUUGUUUAGCUUAAGCAGCAGGCAUCUAUUACGUAUUCGUUUGUAUCUAGUCACGGCGCCGAACGCAUUAAAUGCCAUGGGUUGCAGAGGCACCAUAUCCUGUAUCGUCUAUGGUAUUCGCAAUAUAUUCUCGAUAUUUUUUUGACGUUGUUAUGUACUCGCCUUAUAUUUGUUUGUAUACUCUUGACAUAUUGUAUUUAUACAGUUAUUUAUUUGUUGAUCGUUAGUGAGAUGUAUCGUAAGUAGAGCUCGAUGUCUGCUGUCACUAGCCGGUGGUGGUGUCGAUGAGCGUCUAACCAAAUAUUACUAUUUUCUUUUUUACUGUUCGUGUAACACUUUAGACGGCUCAUUUUGCCUAGUAAUAGAUAUUAUUUUAUAUCAUAGAGAGAAUUAACUUACUUUUUUUUUAUAAUUAUUUAAUAAUGGAAAGUAUAUGGAAUGCCUGCCACUUUGUAUUGCCGGGUCGGAUGAUUGUUCCCACUGCUACUGUCAUCGAUUGAUUUAACACGCCACUGCUCCGUCUGUCUGUUGUGGUCGAGUAUCAGGUUACAUGUCUUAGUGGUCCGCAUCUCGCGAGGCGUCACGAGCUUCGAGUCGUAUGUCGUCAGACGAUACUCGCGAAUCGAUCGAACAGCCCAGCCGGGAACAUAUCAUGACAGAUUUAUUUCGAGGCACGCCGUGUUGUCGCAAUGACUGAUUGAAUCAAAUAUUAAAUGAUAUAUUUAAAAAAUAUA